UGCACAGUACUGUACUAUAGUAGCCGGUCAUCAGUCAUCACACUUACAGAGGUACAUCAUGGGGUACCGACGUGCGUUGGUUUGCUUACUCAUCUUCCUGUUGUGUUCAAUUUUUGGCUCAGUUUCCUCAGCAGCUGUGGAAACUUCAAGAUCUGAGAGCACUGUUACACGUUCAAAAGGAAAUAGAGGACAUGAUCCAAUUGUCUUCCCCACCGACUUAGAAACUGGGUCCAAGCUUCACAACAGAGGAGCAGAAGACACUUUGGGCGUAAUCCCCGAACCGUCCCCGUGUCCUGAUGGUGCUUUGUUUUGUGAAUCUGCGGACGACUAUCCAGAGGAUUUGAUCAAGAAAAAGCUGAAGAAACAACCAAAACUGCUCCUGGAUCUUUUGUAUACAGAGGAUCUUGGCGAAGAAGAAGUUCACAAUAAAUUUGGACCAGAAAAUGAAAAGGAACUGUGCAACUCAUAUGCUGAAAGUAUAUUUCCUAACAAAGGAAAUUCCACAGACGGAACAGUUGAGAUUAUCGUCAAUGAUAACGUGCACAAACAAGGGUUACGAAUUGAACGUUGCACAAAAAGUGGGAAUGAAUGUAAUGAACUACCUUCUCAACUUCUGCCACUCGGCUACAAGUCGAGCUGCAAACAGAAAUACAUCACUCGUCAACUCGUAGUGUUGAAUCGUAACGCCAACGCCAACUCUAACUCUGAUGUUGAAGGUUUCGUGACAAAAGCCUUCCAGAUACCAUCGUGCUGCUCUUGUGUGAUCACCAUGUCCUUUCCUGGCUCGUCUAGUAACUAAUUUGGUGAUGUCGACGAAACAACUCUGGCUAAUAGCAAUAGCACUACUGCCACUACGAAGAAACUGAAAACAAAGUAGUAACAACAGUGUGUAAAACAAUAUAAGUCUGAAUAGCUUCAAAAACCAAAGAGAUGUUUGUGUUAAUUAGUGUAAAAAAAUAUCUUAAAUGUCACAAAUAUUCCGAAAAUAUCCUUAAUAGCUAAAACAAAAAUGUAUAAAGAUCUAUUGAAUUUACUUUAAAUGAAUAUAGUAUAAUGUACACAGUUAGUAUUUAGAAUACACUAUGACUAAAAAUAAAUGAUGAUAAACCACAAAUUUAUUUUUCCGAUGAGAAAAAUAGGUACCUCUUUUGAGUUUUUUUUAAAUGAAAUUUUCUAAGAUGCCAAGGAUAGUGUGUUAUUGUUAUUACACAUUCAAAAUCGAAAUACUAACUGUUUCAUAUAGGUACAGUAGACUAAUGAUGUCAAUCUUACAAGAAAAAUACAAUAUUGUUUAUAAAGGUUAUACCUUCUACCAAAAAUCAUAGACUAACCAACACAAGUAGACUUGUCAUCCCAUUGUAAAUUUUGAAGCUUGUUUUUCUUGUAUAGUUCAUGUCCGGUGACAGUGAUCGCUAGUGUUGACGAAAUUGUGUUUCUAUUAUUUUAGGGUUUAUUUAAUGAUUUGUGCUUUACUGUUUGGUUAUAUAACUAGGAUACGAGUUAGUGUUUAUGAUUAGUCUUUUUGUUUGGCUAAACAAAGUUUUAAAUUACUGAAAUAACAAGAAAUAAAUUGUAAACAAAACAUGACCUCUACAAGCUACUGGGCAGAACUAACACUUAAAUUGGCUUCAGCUGUUCCAUAAGGAUGAGAAAUCUAUGUUUUAUGAUCUAUGGUAAAACCAAUUAAUGUACCCUUUAAGAAGCGCAAUGCCUUUGUAAAAUGUCAGUCUGGAAAUACUUUAAUUUUCGAUAGUUCCCGAUGCGGCCGCUAGGUAGACUAUU